UGUCAUGACGUAGAGCCUAGCAACAGCGCAGGCUCCUGGCGGAGUCCGUUAUGGCCGCUGCUGCCGUGAGGAGGAUGAGGGGAACCGUGCAAGCGAAACUGCGGCCCUCGCCUGGCCUUCAGGUGUCCGGAGUAUUGGCGCUCCUGCUUGCGUCCGCCACCAUGUCCAGUGCUCUACCACAAACUGAUUUGCCGAGCCACACUGUACUCCAGCCAGAUGUUUCUGCUCCAAAUAUGAGUGCUUUAACACAUGAAAACCAAACCAAACUUUCUGUCUUCCAAACCAGCACCACUCUCCAAUCCACGGCUAGUACAGAGAAAGGUGGAGGGGCAUCUGUAGCCCCUCAUCCCUCACCUACUACUACUCUGUCUCAAGAGGAAACAGAUAACAACGAAGAUCCCAGCAUAGAGGAGGAGGAUCUACUCACGCUCAAUAGCUCUCCGUCCACUGCCAAAGACACUCUGGACAAUGGAGACUAUGGAGAACCGGACUAUGACUGGACCACCAGCCCCAGAGAUGAUGAGUCCAGUGAGGCCCUGGAAGAAAACAGGAACUACAUGGAAAUUGAACAGUCAGUGAGAUCUUUUAAGACACCAUCCUCAAAUAUUGAAGAGGAAGAUAGCCAUUUCUUUUUUCAUCUUAUUAUUUUUGCUUUUUGUAUUGCUGUUGUUUACAUUACAUAUCACAACAAAAGGAAGAUUUUCCUUCUGGUUCAAAGCAGGAAAUGGCGUGAUGGUCUUUGUUCCAAAACAGUGGAAUAUCACCGCCUAGACCAGAAUGUUAAUGAGGCAAUGCCUUCUCUGAAGAUUACCAAUGAUUAUAUUUUUUAAAGCACUGUGAUUUGAGUUUGCUUAUUAUGUAAUUUUAUUUGCUUGACUUUUUUAUAUAAAAUUGUGCAGAUGUUUGCCAUAGGCAGUUGGUACUUAAAUGAGAGAUGGGUCUCUCUUUAUUUUGCCUUGGUGCUUUGGAAAUGAAAUGUCACAAACAAGGAGUAUAUAAUUUUUUAUCUACACUUUUAGAGGUGAAUUUAAUCAGGUGUCCAGAAUGUGGAGCUAAGCAUUAUCUGUUAGUUUUGUUUUAGAUUUCUUUAUUGUACUUCUUCUGGAAGUAUUAGUAAUACUAGUUUUAAAAGAUCCCAGCCUUUAACUGAAUCCUAACAUAUCUGGUACUGCUGGCUCAGAUUCUCUUUCUGCCAUCCAAGUACUAUUUUUUAUGCACACAUUUUGUGCUCCCAAACUAUAAUCUACAAGGAUGUGUGUAAUAGUGCUUGGCAUAUACGUAACAUUUUUUCUUCCGGGAAAAUUGCUUUGGUUAUUUUUGGAUAAUUUAAACAUAAUUUAAGAUAAUGAUAUUGCUCAAUCUGACCACAAUUUUAGGCAACACAUUAAUGUCUCUAGAAAUUCUGGCAAUAGAAAGACUCUGCAGUUUGCAGUGGACAUAGAUAAAAUAUUAUAGAGAUACCGAAUUUUGGCUUGAAUUACUGAAUUAAAUUUAGAGGUAGAAAUUGUGACAAAAUAUUAAAUACACAUACAAUUGCUUUUAGUUAGCAAUUGAUUGUAGCACAGGUUCCUCCAAGCUUUCAAGUAAGGAGCAGAGUUUAAAAUUAUAUCAGAUUUGUUCAUUUUCUUUAUUACUUUAUAGUAAGUUUGAAUAAAUCUUAGGGGCCAUUAUCACUUAAAUAAUACUGUAUCUAGGCCUUUCAAAUUAAAAUUAUACCUGAAUGAAGUUGUUUGUAUACAUAAAGGAUAUAUGUGUACACUGACUUUUUCUCCCCCUGUACUUGUUUUAUUUUCUUCUGUUUGGUUUUUCACAGCAACUGGAAAUUAUUUACAUAUUUCAUUUUAGCCUGUCUUUAUAUAAUAAAGAGUUGAUCAGUAUGUAAAUAUGUGAUUUGAACCAUGGUUGACUUAUAAAUGUCACUGCAACUUUUUAGAAAACAUGACCCUUAAUAUAUGUUAAACACCUAUUCAGAAAGUCCGGGUGAGCCAGUGGGUAUGUGCUUUGUGUAAAGAUGGAAGAAGUAGGGCAAUCCACCAUUUCUUUCAGGUGGACAAUUUACUGUCCUCAUAGGAGGGGGAGCACAAUGGAAAUACACCUGAACUGUUUUAUUGCAGUAAUUUUUCAUAUCUGAAAUUGUAUUAUUUAAUAUUUUGAAUAAGAUUUUAAAAAUAAAUGGCAAAGAUACAAACCUA